AUGGCCCAUCUGAAGACCUAUAAGUACCAAAGUGUAGAUGAGUCCUGGAUAUCGAACCAUAUCCUGCGCCACUACUGGAAUUGGGCUGUCCAGUUCCUCCCUAUGUGGCUGGCUCCCAAUAUGGUGACUCUCCUGGGUUUCUGUUGCAUCCUGAUCAAUAUCCUCUUACUGUACAUCUUUGUUCCGGAUCUUGUGGGUCCGGCGCCACCAUGGCUCUGUUACAGUUUCGCCCUGGGUCUAUGGAUGUAUUCGACGAUGGACAACAUCGACGGCAAACAAGCCCGCCGCACCGGCACAUCCAGCGGACUCGGAGAACUAUUUGACCACGGCAUUGACUCACUCAACUGCACUCUGGGUAGCCUCCUCGAGACGGCCGCGAUGGGUCUCGGCCCGACCAAGAUUGGUGCUUUUACAGCGCUCGUCCCUUGUCUCCCCAUGUUCUUUUCCACCUGGGAGACUUACCACACGCACACCCUUUUCCUGGGGGCCUUCAACGGCCCAACCGAGGGUCUUAUCCUCGCAUGCUCCUUCAUGGUCGUAUCAGGCUUCUUCGGCCCUCAAUUUUGGCAACACCGCAUCGCCGAUUAUGUCGGCUACCCGCAGCUACUCGGCGACUUGGUUUUGCUCGACCUUUGGGUCCCUAUCGUGCUUUUCGCCUUCUUUGCAGCCCACCUGCCUUCGUGCAUACACAACGUCUAUCUGGCACGCAAACGACAAAAUCUCCCGCUGUGGCCCGUCUUCUUCGAGUGGAUCCCCAUGAUCAUCUACACCGCCUCGGUUUGUGCGUGGUGCGGAUCCCCCUACUCGAUUCUCCUACGAGAAAACCACCUCGUCAUAUUCUGCCUCACGCUCUCCUUUGUGUUUGGCCGGCUCACCACCAAGAUCAUCCUUCACCAUCUGACACGGCGACCAUUCCCGUAUUUCACAGUCGCACUAGUCCCGCUGGCCGUUGGGGCGAUCAUGGCCUGGCUCCCGCUUUUUGGACUCGACCCGAUCCCAGCUCAGUACGAAAGGUGGUAUAUCUACGGCUGCUUUGUGUUCGCCAUGGUGCAGUAUUUCGUGUGGGCGGUCCGGGUGAUCAACCGCAUCUGCGAGGUUUUGGACAUCAACUGUUUGACGAUCAAGAAAAAGAAGGCUGAUCCGCGGGAGCGAGCGGCGUUUACGACCAAGGAACUGAGCGCCGAGAAUGGGGACCUGAGACAAACCAGGAAGGAGCUAUAG